UUUUUUUAAUUAUUUUAUACAAAAUAAAAAAAUAAAAAUAAAAACUUGAAUCAACGCCGUUUCUUGAUCUUCUUCAUCUUCCUCAUCUCUCAAUCAAGCAAAAAGCUUCUCAUCUCAAAUCCCAUCAAGAGGAUCGAGAGAGUUGUUAUUUAAUCAAACAAAUCGUCACCAUGUUUAUGAAUCGGCUAUUUGGGAAACCUAAGCCGGAGGCUAAUACUCUCCAGACGUUAGACAAGCUCAAUGAGACCCUUGAGAUGCUAGAGAAGAAGGAGGGUGUUCUUCUCAAGAAAGCUGCUGGAGAGGUUGAGAAAGCUAAGGAAUUCUCCCGCGUUAAGAACAAACGCGCCGCGAUACAAUGUUUGAAAAGGAAGAGGUUAUAUGAGCAACAAGUUGAACAGCUUGGGAAUUUCCAGCUCCGUAUUCAUGAUCAAAUGAUUAUGUUAGAAGGUGCUAAAGCAACUACUGAGACUGUUGAUGCUUUGAGGACCGGAGCUUCUGCCAUGAAAGCUAUGCAGAAAGCAACUAACAUUGAUGAUGUUGACAAGACAAUGGAUGAGAUCAACGAGCAAACUGAGAACAUGAAACAGAUCCAGGACGCAUUGUCAGCUCCAUUUGGAUCUGCUGCUGAUUUUGAUGAGGAUGAACUGGAAGCAGAACUUCAAGAACUAGAAGAGACGGAGCUAGAAGAGGCACUUCUUCAGCCUGUUCCAAUCCAUGUGCCUCAAGGUAAGCAACCUACUCGUCCUGCAGCUCAGAAGAAACCUACCGCUGAGGAAGAUGAACUUGCUGCCUUACAAGCUGAGAUGGCUCUCUAAAGCUGAAGCUAAGCCUUGGGAUAUUUCGGUUGAAGUGGGGAGAUUUGUGUGUGCAUUAUUAUUUUAAACAGAAAGAAAGAUGUUAUGUAUCACUGGUUAAUCUCUUUGUUUUUUCUUUCUUUUUUUGGGCAAAAGUGUCGUUGUUUCUAACAACCGACAUGUUGUCUGUUUUGUCAAGAUGUGUCUAACAAUUGUUUGCAAUCCACUUUCCAUGAUGGUUCGUAGGUAUUUUCUAGACCAUGCUGAUUGCAACGCGUGUAGAAAGCUUUAUGCUUUGGACUCCUAGAACUAUACUAAUGUCACAGUUUUGAGCACACA